AUAGUUCAUUUCUUCGUCAAGAACCUCUUAAGUACACUUUCUUAUACAUUCCAUGGAUCACCAAUCUUCUUAUACUUCUUCCUCGAUCACCAUUGAACUCAAACUAAUCAAAGCAAGAAACAUAGAACCUAAGAGCCCAUCUCAAGAACUAUUCGUGCGAUGCUACCUCCCGAACGGAAGCAAUAAUGGAAGAUCAAGAAUCGAUAGCCAAGUGAUCCCAUCACAAUCCAAGUUCCCAACUUGGGACCAAACCUUUUCUCUCUGUUGCUCGGGCACACGAGAGAGCAUCAAGAGCCUCGAGCGAGAGGUUGUUGUUUUCGAGCUACGGUGUAGAACACGCGUACCAACAUGCAUUGGGUGCAUGAUCAAGAAAGGGUCAAAAUUGGUGGGCCGAGCCGAGAGGCCAUGGAAAGACAUAGUCGAGGCGGGGGAAAUCGGGAGAGAGGAGUGGGUUGUAAUGAUCCCCAAGAAUGGAUGGAUUGAUUGUGGAGAUGUGAAGCCACCAGCAGUGAAGAUGGCCAUUAAAGUGAAAGAAUUGAUUCAAGAAAAUAAGAAAGGGAUCCAUGAAAUAAGGUUAGAUGGAUCUUGUGGCUGCAAGUCUUGUAUGGCUUAUGAGUUUGUUGUAAUUGAAGCUGCUUUGGAAGCAUUAUUCUAGGAUGAUUUUUUUGACCCCUUUUUUUCAGAAAAUUGGUGAAGUAAAUUAGGGUUUUGUAGGAUUUUUUUUUUUUUUUUUUUUUUUAAAUUUUCACAUUUGUGGGCAGUUAGAAAUGUGGGAAUAUAUAGAUAGUCUUGUUUUUUGGGUCCCUUUGUGAUUAAUCAGAAGUAAUUAAGGUGUUUAUUGAUAUAAUGACUACAAAAAAUAUCAAUUUUGUAACAAAAUUUUUUCGUUUUUAAAUCCACUUUUUCCGCAACAAAUUAUAUUAGAGACGA